CCCUUCCCUUUUGCUCGUCCAUCAUUCUUUCCUGACACUUCAAGUCCUACAGGAAUAGAGGAAGGGGCAUAAAAACGAAGAGUGCUAGUGGUAUUUGUUACUCUGGGUCUGCAAUACUGGUGUUACACUAACGCUUACUUGGUGACAGGCCCUGUUGACAGAGUGAAGUCAUUUAGCUAGCUCUGUAAUAAGAAAAAAACGUAAACGUAUGACUCGGUCUACUAGAAUAACCAUGCACAUUAAAUACACCUGAAUUUAAGUGAUAUCGAAUCCUGCACUCCUUGCUUUAAUGAAAUUUGUGGGACUGAGUAGGGCGAGUGGAGCUGCAGUAGUGUAGGUUUUAAGGGGAUGAGAGUGUGGUCUGGGGUGGUAGCAUAUAAUGAACAUUAUAAAGAUAAAGUAGCAACGUUAGAACAUUACAGGAUUCCUGAGGUUUCGAAGCUGAGGCAGAGUUUAUAAUGUUGGAGAAGAUAAUAAACUUAGUCUUGGACAAUGUCGGCGAUGACUCUGGAUUAAUGGCUGGAGUCUCAUAUAUGAGCAUCAAUUCUAGAGGCUGGAAGUCUGAGACCAGGGUGCCAGCAUGGUCAGUCCGAGGGUCAGAAGGACUAUACAUGGUGAAUGGACCACCACAUUUUACAGAAAGCACAGUGUUUCCAAGAGAAUCUGGGAAAAAUUGCAAAACCUGUACCUUUAGUAAGGAUGGGACCUUGUUUGCCUGGGGCAACGGAGAAAAAAUAAAUGUUAUCAAUGUCACUAACAAGGGACAACUGCACUCCUUCGACCUUCCAAAGACAGUUUGCCUUGAGUUCUCGCCAAAAAACACUGUCCUGGCAACAUGGCAGCCUUACACUACUUCUAAAGAUGAUACAGCUGGGAUACCUAACCUACAACUUUAUGAUGUGAAAACUGGGACGUGUUUGAAGUCUUUCAUCCAGAAAAAAAUGCAAAAUUGGUGUCCAUCCUGGUCAGAAGAUGAAACUCUUUGUGCCCGAAAUGUUAACAAUGAAGUUCACUUCUUUGAAAACAACAAUUUUAAUACAUUUGCAAGUAAGUUGCAUUUGAAAAAAAUUAAUGAUUUUGUGUUAUCACCUGGACCCCAGCCGUACAAGGUGGCUGUCUAUGUUCCAGGAAGUAAGGGUGCACCUUCAUUUGUUAGAUUAUAUCAGUACCGCAACUUUGAUGGACCUCAUGCAGCUUUAGCCAAUAAAAGUUUCUUUAAGGCUGAUAAGGUUACAAUGCUAUGGAAUAAAAAAGCUACUGCUGUGUUGGUAAUAGCUAGUACUGAAGUUGACAAGACAGGAGCUUCCUACUAUGGGGAACAGACGCUGCAUUACAUUGCCACAAAUGGAGAAAGUGCUGUGGUGCAAUUACCAAAAAAUGGCCCCAUUUAUGAUGUAGUUUGGAAUUCUAGUUCUACUGAGUUUUGUGCUGUUUAUGGUUUCAUGCCUGCCAAAGCAACAGUUUUCAACUUGAAGUGUGAUCCUGUGUUUGACUUUGGAACUGGCCCUCGUAAUGCAGCCUACUACAGCCCUCAUGGACAUAUAUUAGUACUAGCUGGAUUUGGAAAUCUGAGGGGGCAAAUGGAAGUGUGGGAUGUUAAAAACUACAAACUUAUUUCUAAACCGGUGGCCUCUGAUUCUACAUAUUUUGCUUGGUGCCCAGAUGGUGAGCAUAUUUUAACAGCCACAUGUGCUCCCAGGUUACGUGUUAAUAAUGGGUACAAGAUUUGGCAUUAUACCGGCUCUGUCCUACACAAGUAUGAUGUACCAUCAAAUGCAGAGUUAUGGCAUGUUUCUUGGCAGCCAUUCUUAGAUGGAAUAUUUCCAGAAAAAGCGAUAACUUACCAAGCAGUUCCAAGUGAUGUACCUAGUGAAGAACCUAAAGUUGCAACAGCUUAUAGACCCCCAGCUUUAAGAAAUAAACCAGUCACCAAUUCCAAACUGCAUGAGGAGGAACCACCUCAGAAUAUGAAACCACAACCAGGAAAUGAGAAGCCGUUAUCAAAAACAGCUCUUAAAAAUCAAAGGAAGCAUGAGGCUAAGAAAGCUGCAAAGCAGGAAGCAAGAAGUGAUAAGAGUCCAGAUAUGGCGCCUACCCCUGCCCCACAGAGCGCACCGCGAAAUACUAUCUCUCAGUCAACUUCCGGAGACCCUGAGAUAGACAAAAAAAUCAAGAACCUGAAGAAGAAACUGAAAGCAAUUGAACAACUGAAAGAACAAGCAGCAACUGGAAAACAGCUAGAAAAAAAUCAGUUGGAGAAAAUUCAGAAAGAGAAAGCCCUUCUCCAGGAGCUGGAAGAUUUGGAACUGGGUAUUUAAAGAUUCAAAGAAAGCAAGUUGGUUACCAGAAAUCAAUGCAAACAUAUUUUCUGUUAAACCCAUUGGUGUACAUGGAAUAUUCAUGUGCCCACAUUUAAUGUUCACUUAUAAUUUUAACCAUUUAUCCAAGAUUCUGCAUAUGUGUGGAAUUAUUUAAUAAUGUCUGUUAAAUUGAUUUUUACCUCCUGCAUCCUAUAUCUUGUCAACACAUGAUAUAGAAAAGAGACAUAAGAUUUUUCUUUUAAGCUAAGCUUGACAGAUUGAAAGACCAAUGUCAUUGUUUUUUAGUAGGGGACAGUAUUUACCAUAUAAAUGAAUAAAGACGUUUUAAAUUUGA